AUGGACACGAACCAGUUACACGGGAUGAAGGGGGAGGUGGACAGAAGGGGUGCCAAGUCCCUCGGCGGCGAAGCCAAAAAGCCUAACACCAAGGGAACCAAUCAAAAUGCAGAUGCGCAUUUCAAUAUAGCAAACGGGGACCAAAAUGACGAAAUUGUUACAGUCUUCCCAUUUGAAGAAGGUACACCUGACGGUGAAAUCGAAAAGGGUAAGGAUCAAGCCAGCUCAUCGAUACACAAUGAACAUUUUGUGGACAGGCUGCAACACCCCGAAUGGGAUGUAAUGUACACACGCAGAAAAACGGAAAAUAACUACUACAAAAAAAAUGUCUUACGCAAUGAGUCAGAAAUGCUCUCGAAGAAAAAGUCGCUUCCUCUUUCGUUUAGCCACAAAUCAAAUUACCUAAAGAAGGCAGAAAAUGGGAAGAUCGAUAAGGCCAGUUUUAUGCGUAUAAGCAGGGGGAGAAGUGCACGCGUGGGUAGCAAGACAUUGCAACGUGGGGGAAGUGAAAGUACGGAUAAAUUUUUGUCUUUUAGGGAUUCAAAAAAGGGGAAAAGUGGGACCGAGGGUCACGUAGGUGUGUUCACAGAGAAAGGUUGGCCAAGUGGGCGAGACGUACCAAGCUGGUAUGGUGACACAGACGAGUCCGAUCAACUAAACGAGAAGAACGAUCAGAAUGAGCAAGACGACGAAAGCGAGCAGGCUGCACAAAAUUAUCAAAACGUACAACUUGAUCUUGCGGUAAAAAAAGAAGAAAGCGCAACAAAUGAUCGUAUGACAGAAAAAAAAAAUUACAAACAGGAGAGGCAACUGCAUGGCCACGACUUAAAAAAAAAAAAAAAAAAAAGUGAACAAGUCUCGAAUGAAGUAAGCAAAUUGUACACUGAACAAGAGUUACACGCAAAAAAUACAAGAGCGGAGAAGGCGGAGGGAGCAGGAAAACAAAAAGAACAGAAAGACCAAAGCGCCAUAAAAAAAUUCACUCCAACAAAACUAAAUGAUGAAUUGAGUGUGCUGGAAUUGAGAAGGGAGAAAAAUCGCGAAAUUAAAACAAAAUUUGAAAAAUUCUCCCUGAACUCACAAGGGAAAAACCAUACAUUUGGAAAGCUAAAUAGUAAUCAGAAAUAUUUUUAUCCCCCGAGGGAGAAGAAAUAUUCGGAUGGCUCAGAAAAGGAGUCUUCUGAGGAACAAAUCAUGGUUCAAAAAAUUUUCAUACAACAAAGUGACACAGACGACAUAGUUCAGAAAAAGGUGAAUUCCAUUGAGCACAUUUUGGAGGAAACCGAAAAGAGGAAUAUGAAUAAUUCACUUAAAAGGAUUAGUAGCCUCAAAACCGGGAAAGAGAGACAAAUUGGAAAUGCCACCACGGGCCAAAGUGUCGGAGGAGCAACCAAUGAGGGGGAACACCUGCGCAUGCAACGAUUUGGAACGACUUCCUUCAGUUCAUUCAGAUCGUUGAAAGAACAAACGGGGGAAGAGGAGGACAUAGAAAGUGUGAAUAAGGUUGGCCUUCUCAGAAAAAACAGGAACAACCAGAGUCGCGGCAUGUUCUGCGACAACAUGGAGCACAAGGGUGAAGAGGCUACCCCCAUUUCGCCUGCACCAACUGAAGAUGAAGUCGAAAAAGAGGUAAAAAAAAAAAUUAACAAAAUGGAAAGUUAUCACAUGCAAUCGAGUGAACAUUUCGAUGCGAACCAUGUAGAAAGCAUAAACGGGUCGAGAAGAACGUCCUCCCGUUCGUCAGACGAAUUAUCAGAUAUAAAAAUAUACGACGACUCUGAAAUAGAGGAGGCCAAGGAGAGCGAAUUGGAGCCCUUUUGGCUUAACAGACAAGUAUCAUCUCUUUUGAAUAAGUCGAAAGGGUAUUCUGCUAAAUAUUCAGACCAGUUCAAUUCGAGCACGGCCAGGUCGAGCCGUGGAAAUUACCUCAAUGGCUCGGGGAUCCCAAGAAGCGAAGAAUAUUCGCAAGGAGGAAGAACGAAUCGGAAAAUAAUUUCCCCCCAAAUGAAAAGAUACCAAAGUGAUAUCAUCUCGGCUGUAAAAAUGAAGGCAAACAAUUUUGAGAAGCGAAACACCACCGCCAACUUAGACAUGAAGGAAAGGUCCUUUGUCUUGGAAGAACAUGACCAAGGGGGGAUGUCUAGGACGCCCAACUGGAGACACAAGGAAGAUGCUCCGAUUGGAAAGUACACUCUUAGUAGAAACGCCCCUGCGAACGGUGUGGAAAAGAAAGAAAGCAUGGACGAUAUGGCCAGCAAAGUGGAUGCCAUAAAAAAGAAGUUAACACUCAUUAAUGACACCGACGUCGACCUCAUCAACUUUGAACAUUUCGACAUGUACCAAAUCGAUUUUGAUAAAUUGGGGCUAAAGGUAGACAACUUAGAAAAAGAGGAAAAGUACAUUUUGAUGCUCUAUAUGUCGGAAAAGAAAUUGGAGUACCUGCGGGACCAAAGGGAGACACACAAAAUGGUCCAUGUCAGUUCGAAAGCGUUUCCAUCAAAUUAUGGCAACAUAAUGCACGUGAGGGGGGCCAAAUUGGGGGAUGAUGAGAAGUCAAUACGGAUGAGGAAGUCACCUACUGGCAUUAGUAGCGAUGGAAGCGGCGAAAACGGCAGCAGUGAUUGUGGAUUUCUCCAGCUGGGGCUCUUCGUCGAGCUGUACCACAGGUUGUCAAAGCAGAAGAGCGGGACGUCCAAGGGGGAGGAUAAGAACCAGCCCAGCCAAUCGAGUCAAUCGAGUCAGCCCAGCCAACCCACUGCCAACAAUGAGAAGAUCCUUCUAAAAAAAGUGCUAGCAAAUUUUAUAGACUUAUUUCUCCAAGAUGAGUGCCUAGACAAGCUGGUAAAAAAAUAUGAAGAUAUGAAGCAAGCCAGGGGGAAGGAAGACGCGGAACGGGAAAAUUCGAAAUGUUUACACUACAUCUGUAGUAGUCUCUUACAGGACAUCUGUAGCUCCCAUUGGUAUGAAGAGAAAGAAGAUCCCCUGGGGGGAGACUCUUCUGAGGCGUUUUACAAAAUAGUAAAAGAAAUAGGAAGCAAGUUCCUAUGCAACGAUAAAAUAAUGGGGAAAAUAAAACAAGUACAAAUUAUUAAUAACAUGUUAAGAGAGGAAGUUAGAACCUAUUCCAUCAAAGUUGCAUGCAUGGAUAAAUUUUUCGACAUAGAGCCACACUUCAUUGAAGAAGCUGAGAAAGUCGUACUUGGCAAAGACAUCGGGUUCUUUCAAAUGCACACAAUAGACAUAAAUUAUACUUACAACUAUCAUACCCAUGAAAGGAAGAUGAAAUUACUCCAGCAAAAUAGCAACCCUCUUUGGAAUUUUUUUUAUGGCUAUUUUAACGACAUUUACAAUUGGUAUAGUGAUAAGAAUGAAAAGGAGUUUUUUUAUCCCCCCCAAGGUCAGGUAGAAAAUGCAGAAAUGAAUAAGGACAUGGCUUCUUCCAAAAGGGUCUCCAGGAAUUUUAUCAAAGCGAAGGAUGAGUCUAGCAGGGUAGAUGAAGAAGGUCCUGUCAGAAAGGAUCCCAAAGGGGUAAAUGCUGAUCAGGUGCCACCCCAUAAGAAUGUAACAGAUCCUACUUCGAAUCAAAUGGUACCCCCUCCCCCAUUAGAGGGGAAGAGUGAUAUGGAAAGGAAUCAAUUUCAGGCGGGGACCACUUCCUCCAAAACAGUGGAAGCCAAACAGAGCGAGAAAGAGAAGGAUCUAAACGAAAACAAGACAUAUGCAGAAAUGGAAUCAUUUAACAUAAUCGAAAAGAAGAAGUAUUUACCCAAUGUAAACUCUGUGGAAGGGACAAUACUGAGUAAUUCCACCAAGAUUGGAGAAUGCCCACUAGAAAGUAACACGUCAAGUGUAGAUGAUUUAAUUUCUGCGGAUUAUAACAACCUAGGAAAUAGUAGGGGCAUUGGUGAUUUGACCCCCCCCGAGGGAGACCUUCUCGACGCCGUGAGGAAUGGAUCGGCACCCGAUGGAGACUGUGUGGAGGAUGCGUGGGGGAGCCAUUUGACUGAUAGAAUGGGUACUGAUCCCCCCGGUGACAACUCCAGCAGCCGCAGGAGUGACCAUACCCCAGUGGAGCCCAAAAUGGAACCAAUUCCAAAAGAGCAGGAAAAGGAGCAGGAAAAGGAGCAGACAGAGAAGCAGACAGAGAAGCAGAAAGGGCACAUCCAAGAAGCGCACCUAGUUUCGUUUCAAUACAAAGGAUCCAUACCAAAGGGAGAAAUAAACCAAAUGAGCAACAUUCGCAGAGAUAAGAACAAAAAUAUAAUAGGGUGCUACCUCUCCGCACCAAGCGACGAACAUUUGAUUGCUAUUCAGAUAAAGAAUGAGAAAAUUGAAAAUGUGCCCGGCGCGCAUUUUCUAGUGGAACGGUGUAAUAAGUACAACAAGGAAAUUAACAACUCCUUUGUCCAUAUUUUAAAUUCGAGGACAAAACGUUACCUGGCUGUAGAUCUUCAAAACGGGAAGUUCCUUUUUACUAGGAAAUACGACGAUGUUUCCUUUACAGAUGAGCGCAAUGUGGAGCACAGAAUAUGCACCUACUUCCAGCUGCAAUCCAUAUCUGACCUGAUGAAAAGCGUGAUCAUCGAGGACCUGGUGCAGAGCUUGGCCGACGUGGUUCUCCGCUGA